AUGGACCGAGACAGCCACAGCGAGGAUACUCUGUCCACUAUGGUUCUGGAGAACAUCAAAAACAAACUGAUUCACGCUUUUAGGACGACAGGAGAGUCCAGAGAUGACACUCAGGAGGCUGGAAACGCCGUCAGACCAGUCAGCAUCGGGAGGAGUUACCAAGCGAACGAAGAACUGCGAAGAGCGCAGAUAGACGGAGCGAUAACCUGGUUGAGAUCUGAACUGGUAGGUUGAUUGACAGAGUUAUGAUGAUAGUUUCUGACAGUUUUAUGUCUCCAAAUGUCUCUCAGAAGUUAUAGAAGCCGUGUGUUCCUGUGCAACUGUACCCAUUAUGCUGAUUCAGUCCUUUUCAUUGUUGUCAUGCAGCUGGAGAUGCGCACACAAGACCUCCAGCUGGCUCAGACGCUGCUGGGACUCAACACAGAGAUCCAAAGACUGAGGAGGGAGAGUUUUGGAGGAGUGGAAGUGGAGGGGGACAAUCAGCCUUAA